GUGCCCGAGGAAAUCCCGGGCAGCGGGGGCGUUCCUGCCUUCCCUGGGACCCUGCCCCUCCCAGCCCUGCCAGUCGCUGCCAGAACCAAAAUUUGGAAAGCACUUGUGAAGUACGUUGAAGGCGAGACACGGUUGUUUUGAUUUCUCCCUGUUCCAGUAGGACUUGCAGGUCUGAGAGAUGUUUCUUCCCCCAGACGACAGCAGGAUGUUGUGAUUCCGUUUCCUAAUAUCUUCCGUAUCGUCUCUUCCUUUUUUUUUUUUUUCUCCUCUCCACCUCCCAAAACUCACAGCACUGCAACAGAUGAUGUUAUAAAGAUGAUAUGUGUGUAUACUCCUACCAAAUAAUAAAUUACAUUAUUUUAGAUGACAAGGCCAAUAGACUGCAAAUAUUUAUCUUUUAAGAACUCAAUAGAGCAAGAAUAUAGGCUGGAAAUACUUUGUGAUAGGCUAAAAUAGGUGGGUGGUCUCUCUAUCCACUUUUUUUUUAUCUUUCCUCUACCAGAAAAGUGAAGUAGGAUUUUUGUAAGAAAAGCAUGUCUGACACUUGUGAAAUUCACAAACCAUAUUGAAACAAUUAAGUCAUCAUUUUUAAUAUUUCACUAGAAAUCCCUUUACUAGAAGUCCCUUCUAUCCCCACUGGCUGAGAAUUUUUGAAAAUUUAGCAUUACUUACCUCUGUGACCAACAUAUAAUUUUCUGCACCAGAAGACAAGAAAGAAACAGCAGUUGUUAACAAGUGUGUUCAUAUAUUACACCAAAACAAAUGUAGUACUUUCUCACAUUAAUACUUUCCUAACCUCACUUUGUCAUGUAGCUAAGCUUUCUGUUGCCUCAAGAAAGAAAUAUGUUCGGAUUUAUGAGAAUCAUUCAUAGGAAACUCUCUAUCUUACCAAGUAAUUUCUCUUAUGACAGUGAUUGAAAGAAGACUAAGAGAAUGCCAGGCAACAUUGAAAUGACUUCAUAACCCCCAGCACCUCUGUUUUAAAAGAGUCCCAUUCAAAAUGUGGAAGAUGGCAUUACUCAUCUGCCAGCUGAUGCCUCAAGCUUUGACUUGUCUUAAAAUGAACAAACAAUUAAAAAAAACCCGACCAAACAAAAAAAAACCCCACAGGUCCCCUUCCCACAUCCACUUGAAAAUGUGGCCUUAGCCCAAAGAUUGCUGAAGACAGCAGGACUAGAACUUUAAAAAGCUAAUUCUGCCUCCAUUAAAUACAAAUGAAACUAUUGCAUAUCCAAAAUAGCCAGAUUUUGUGAGUAGAUUAAAAUUGGCAUAAAAUUAAACUUGAAAGUUCAGGUUGUCCUCUGAGCAAUCCAGUUGAGAUAGGAGCAUUUACAGUAAUGUACAAGUCUGUCAUUUCAGUCAAUCUGCCAUAAAUUUUUCUUUAAUUUUGUAUGAUGUAUCGUAGUUCAUUCUACUCUCACAGUUUAAAUAACAGAUGGAGAAGAAUUUAAUUUGAAUUUUGUUAUCCGCAGAUAAGCCAUGCCUGUUUCAGCUGAUGAAACUGUGGGGGACCUGCCUGUGAGAGAUCCGGGUCUAACUCCAUCUGGAAUUGAAGGAUUACAAGAAUCAUCAACCUCACAGAAUGUAAAAGCUCUACAAGCUGUACAGAAAAUAAUUCGAGAAGAACUGGAGGACAGGUUUCUUCAUAUACAUGAUGACCACAUCUUACUCAAGCAGCAUGCAAAUAAGCAAGAGGAGAAAAUUAAAAGAAUGACCACCGAGUUAACACAGCUUGUUAAUGAUAAAAAAGAGUCAGAGCAGGUUGGUGGCGGCCUCAAGCCCGGGUCAGGGCUGCAGCUGGAAGGAAGAAUUGAGCAUUCAGAAAGAAUUCAUGAGCUUGAGACACAAAACGAGAGCCUCUGCAGCAAACUGCUUUCAACUGACCACCAUAGGCCUUGUCCACGCAGCUGUGUUCAAUCUUUUGGUAACACUGGUCUCAAAAAAGUGAGUGAGGCUGCUGGCAGGCUGGAAAGUGUCUUCUGUAUGACCCAUGAACGGCAGUGGAAAUCAAAGGAACGGCAGCUGAAACUGCAAAUUGCUAAACUAGAGAUGGCUAUCAAAUCUGAUAUAGCAGACAAUGAAAUCCUUGACAAGAUCAAACGUGUGGCACGGGAGGUUAAACAAGAAAGGGUAGCAGAUGAUAAGGUGGAGGAGAUGGCUGAAGAAAUUCAACAGGAGAAAGAGGAGCUCUCACAUCUGUCAGAGGAGCAGUUAGCUGACCAAACAUCAAUUACUUCUGGAGACGAGACAAAAAUAACUGAAGAAUUGGAACCAGAAGAUCAAGAUGGUAGACAAGAUGAGGAUGCUGUUGAAUCAAUAAAAACUGACAGCAAUGAUGGUAUUAUUUCAAGUCCAGUAUCCCUGAUUAUUAAACAGCUGAGUCAUGAUCAUGGUAAUUAUUUGGAAGUCGAAAAGAUCUGGAUUAAGAUUACAUCACUUGGUCAUGCCAAGUUACGAAUCACUUCAGGUGAAACAAUCCAGCAGCUGUGUUUGGAAUGCAGAUGAAAUGAUCUCCUUGCAGAGGACACCCCACUGUCACUCCCCAAACCAACAGGUAAUCAGAGGAGUCACUGAUGUAGUGAUGUGCUAAAUGUGGCUCAGGCAGAUAAUUGUGCAGGAAAAGAGUAUCUCAAUUCUGUUCUUCUAAAGCCAGAUCAGCACACUGACAGUGAUCCCCCAGAAGAUGAACAGGAUCUUGAAUGUGAAGAUACUGGGUUUGCUCUGAUCAGUUUGAAAGAGAUGUUCCAGAAGCAAAGAAAUAUCAUUGAACAAGACAUUGAUGUUUUUGAUUCACGAGGUGAUGGUGCAGUAAUUGGGGAGCUCACAGUAGCCGUGGAGGCCUCCACGUGCCGCGCUGUCUGCGAGGAGUGCAAAGACCACUGCGAGGCAUGA